AUGAAUAACAUGCCUUCCGAUGUCAGAUCAUCAGAACCUGUGGUAAGAGACUACCCUGAUGUUUUUCGAGAUGAGCUUUCAAGACUCCCGCCUCACAAGAAGGUUGAUUUUUCUAUUGAGUUGGAGCCAGGUACUGCUCCUAUUUCAAGAGCCUUGUAUAGAAUGACUCCAGCUGAAUUAAAGGAGUUGAAGGUCCAGUUGGAGGAGUUAUUGGACAAGGGUUUCAUUCGACCUACUUUUCUUGGCCAUGUUGUAUCUAGUGAGGGAGUUUCUAUGGACCCAGCAAAAAUAGAAAUUGUUACCAGUUGGCCUCGACCUUUCACAGUUAGUGAGAUUCGUAGAUUUCUGGGUUUAGCAGAAACAGGGCAAGCCGAUGAGUUCUCCAUAUCCUCUAAUGGUGAGCUUUUGUUUGAGAGGCGUUUGUGUGUGCCAACAGACACUGCAGUUAAGACUGAUAUGUUGAAUGAAGCUCAUAGUUCUCCAUUUUCCAUGCAUUCGGGUAGCACAGAAACGUAUCAGGAUCUGAAGCGAGUUUAUUGGUGGCGUAACAUGAAGAAGGAAGUGGCAGACUUUGUUAGUAAGUGCAUGGUGUGCCAGCAGGUUAAAGCACCAAGACAGAAACCAGCAAGUUUGUUGCAAUCUUUGAGUGUGCCAGAGUGGAAGUGGGAGAACGUGUCUAUGGAUUUUAUUACGGGACUAGCUAGAACCUUGAAGGGUUACACAGUUAUUUGGGUUUAUGGUUUAGGGUUUAUGGUUUAA